GAGUCAUGAGACGAGAUACGACGCGUGCUAUAGUGCGUAUUAUAUUCACACGAGUAAAUUGUGAUUAGUGAUCAUUUCUGUAGAACUAUAUACGUUUGUCACAGUGGAAACUGUUUUCAAAGUGGAAUCAUGUGUUCAACAAAAAAUGAUGUCAUAAACGAUAGUAUAAAGUACAGUAAUGAUGUCGGAGAUGCGUUUGGAUGUUCGAGAAACAGCGUCAGUCCUCUCAUGGGCCCUUUACAAACGGCACCCACAGACCGCUAUGCCACACAUUACAACAUGAAUCAUGCAAAGCGUGGAUUAGCUAUUAUUUUUAAUCACGAAUUUUUCACUAUUACACAUCUUAGACCAAGAUGUGGAACAAAUGUAGAUUGUGAAAAUCUUGUCGGUACAUUGAAAAGUCUUGGUUUCGAAGUAAAUGAUUUUCAUAAUUACACGUAUAGAGAUAUAGUGAAAAAUUUAGAAAGAGUUGCUGGCAUGGAUCAUUCUCAACAUGACUGCUUAAUAGUAGCUAUACUGAGCCAUGGAGAUUUAGGAAUGCUUUAUGCUCACGAUACUUCAUACAAGAAUGAUUCCAUUUGGUCUUACUUUACAGCUGAUAAAUGUCCUACACUUGCUGGAAAACCAAAACUAUUUUUUAUACAAGCUUGCCAAGGGGAUAAAUUAGAUUCUGGAACAACAUUGAAAGAACGUACAGAAACGGAUGGUCAACCGACUUCGACAUUCCGUAUACCAAGUCAAGCAGACAUUUUAGUCGCUUAUUCCACAAUACCAGGUUAUUAUUCUUGGAGAAAUACUACUCGCGGUUCGUGGUUUAUACAAGCGUUGUGCCUAGAAUUACGAGAAAACGGUACUCGUUACGAUUUGUUAACGUUGCUCACGUUUGUUUGUCAGCGAGUCGCUGUUGAUUUCGAAUCAAAUACUCCUGAUAAUAUCACGAUGCAUCAACAGAAACAAAUUCCGUGUAUUACAUCAAUGUUAACUCGUUUGGUAAAGUUUACACCUCCCAAAAAUGGAAUUGUAUAGUCGUUUUAUACAUGAGAGAUUUAUGAAGUAUGAUAUAAUAAAAAAUGCGAGUGG